AUGACUAAAGAGCUAAAUACUGGAGGUGGAAAAAAUCGGUACAAGUAUCAAUCCUUCAAUGUUCUCGUAGAAAAUGUGAAAAUCGAUAUCACACAUACUGCAACAAAAGAACAAGAUCCCGAGGGUUUUGGAUCAUUCUUUAAUGAAUCUCUGAAAUCGUGGAAAGAACUCAAUUUGUCAACGCACUUUGUAAUUUUUGUUCGUGAAGUCUCGGAGUAUUGUCAGUCAUUACCUCAAUUAAUAUAUCAUAAAGAAAAGAUAAUUCAAAUUUUGGAAAAGCACCUUCAAGUCGAAGACAGUCUUGCCUUGGAACCAUUGCUAGAUCUUGUUACGAAACUAUCAAGAGAUCUUGAAAUAGAUUUUUAUCCGUUUUUUGAGCGAAUUGUUGGAGCAAUAAUACCUCUUACAAGACUUCGAGAUGUCAAGAAACUGGAGGGUGGUUUUAUAAACUUUUUUGAUGAUCAGUGUAAUAUAAGUAGUUCAUAUCCAAUUAGACUCAUAGCACCUUUACUUGGCGAAGAAUAUCAAAAACCCUAUGUUCGUCGGUUCGCUGCUGAAGCAUUUGCAUUCCUCCUCCGUCAUGCACGGUUGGGCAUUUUAUGUUAUGAAGCUAUUCAGGCAUCCUAUUUCCUUAAGGCACCGGAUAAUAAGCUUCAUCCCAAUGCUCCAAUACUAUUGAAGGAAUUGCUAAAUGCUUCAUAUAGACGUUCAAAAAAUGAUGUCAGCAUUGAAAGCAACUCUGCCUAUCAUAUUCUUACUAUGACCACUGUUGCACUUAUUCAUCAUACUAAAAAUGAAUAUUUUGGACCUGUGUGGAAUUUAUAUUUAAGUGAGAUAGAAAACGACCUAAACUCUGUUGUUCAAGAUAAUGCUAAUGAAGAUAACCUCAUACCUGAAAUAACGGUUGUAAAGUUUGGGAUAAAUUUAUCUUUUGUUUAUAUAUGCAUGACAGUUCGCAAAGGCAGUCGUGUUAAUGGAACCAUUUCCUCAAUAGUUACAAAGGAAGGGUUAUUAAAAUUUCCCAGUGUUAGUAUGAAAGAAAUAACAUGUGUUGAAGAUGACUCUGGAAAUGUCAUAGAUGGACUAAUAAGUUUGAUAACUCGUGAUUGUGAUUGGGCCUCAGAGGUGCAUAAAAUGAGCUUGUUAGAUUUAGAUUCGGAAAAUACUCAAAUUCCGUUUUUAACUCUGGUCUCCGCAACUCUCACUAUAAUAACGCAUGUGUCUGUGCCAUUUUUGAAAACAUUUAAUUCUCUAUUGUCUUUGAUUAAGUCAUUGGUUCAAUACCUUAAAAGUUCUUCCUCAAUAAUGCCGUAUACAAAACGGCCUUUGACGCACGGUUUUCCAUACGUGCUUGCACAAAACUUGUUGGGACAAGCAAUUGAAACUAUAACUAAUUUAUGCCGAACUUCUUUAGGAGGCAAUGAAAUAAAACAUUUAGUUGAAUUAUGGAAUAUUAUUGUUGAUGAUAUUUUACUAGUAUUUUGUACAAAUGAAGUUAUCUUGAGAUCUAUUUCGGAAUAUAUAAUAUAUAUGCGGGCAAGCAAAAAGAAUGCCUUUUUAUUUGAUACAAAGGCUUUGGAGAAAAUCUACCCCCAUCUAAAGAGCAAUAUCGGCUCAUAUAUACAUCAAUAUCGGUUAUAUUCGUUGAAAAUUCUCAUGCAUUUUGAUCAAUUUCCGCUUAACAACAACGAAGAUGCUUCUAAAAACGAACAGGAGCCCUGCGAACUAUUCGCAAUGGCUUAUAAAGUUGAGGAAAUUGAAACAUCUGUCGCAACAUAUCGUAACAAGACUAUGAUCUUACGAAAGAUAAAUACAUUGAUAUCUACUAAACGAAUACCAGAGUUUUAUUCAGAAGUUACACCAUUGUUUUGCUUUGGUUUACUGUCCAUCAACUUUAGUGCUAUCUGGACAGAGGCAAUCAAUGUGCUUGCAAAUGUUGCACAGAAUGAUCCUCGCACUUUCUGGAAAUUGUUGCAUGCUGAAAUAUUGCGUCUUAGCGAAUUUAAAUUCACAUAUUCUGGAUUUUCUACGAAGGCCUUUGAAUUUUAUGUUAAUGAAGAUACAAAUUUAUCAACUAUAUCUACCAAAUAUAGCGGGAUAUCUUUUGACUGUCUUAAUAUGUCUAAAUUCAACAAGUCGGUUAACAAUGCAUAUAAAUUCAUAGUCAGCAAUUUGGUCAACAGUUAUGUUGUUCAUUUUAUUUCGAUUUGUGUUCCAGAAAGUGUAAAUUUUGAUCAUUGGAAUUACUAUGGUCUCUUGAUUAGGACGCUGACUGAAGUCCCCCAUAUUGCUGAACAAAACUCUCGACAAUUGGUUCCUUUUUUUCUUCGACAUAGUGCAGCUGCCGAAGACUCUAUUGAUAAAGUAAGUAUUAUUAAGGAAGGUCAAGAAACCAGAGUGAUAACACCUUCUGGACAAAAUAAUAACUCAUGCGAGAAAAUGGAAAUUGAUCAUGAGAAAGAAGAUGAUUUUGUGAUAGCUGAACAAGCCUCAAAGAGUUUCAAAUCACAACUGUUACUUUAUUUAAAAUUAUUUUCUAAAUUCAAAAACCCACGAUCAGUUUAUAAAUCUGCAGAGUUACAAGAUAUUUAUUUGCGGUUAUUAAUGAAAGGAGACAUCAAAAUACAGAGUCUUGCAUUAGAAUGUAUGUUUACAUGGAAGUUCAAAGGUGUCACUCCUUAUGAAAAUAAUCUUCGAAAUCUUGUUGAUGAGGCAAAGUUUAGAGAUGAAUUAUCAACAUUUUCAUUUAACCUAGAAAAUGGCUCAAUAGAAUUCGAACAUAGGGCUGAAGUAAUGCCAAUUAUCAUACGUAUUUUAUAUGGUAGGGUGAUUGCAAGAAGGGGUAAAGCUUCAUCAAAGACUGGAAUGGGUGCCAGAAGAAUAGCUGUUUUGUCUGCAUUAGUCAAUUGCAAUCAAUCCGAGCUUGAAUUUCUUGUUAAUUUACUUUUGGAACCUUUUACCAUUAUUCGUCAACAACCAGACAUUAUUGAUAAUGAAUUCAAAUUUGUACCAAAUAUAUCUGUUGAUAAAAUCGUUUCUUAUCGAAAACAACUUGGAUAUCUGAAUUUUUUAGAAGACUGCUUGAAACAAUUAGGGACUUAUUUAAUACCCUUUAUUCCGGAUAUGUUUAAAGUUGUUUUGUAUAUAGUUGACAGUGUACAAAAGAAUUUGUUAGCAGAAGAUGGAAUAAACAAAGUUACAUUGGAUAGUAGUAUGAAAAUUGAUGAUAUCGAAACAGCUAAUGACAUAAAAAAUCAUAACCAACAAUUCAAAGUUAUUAGGCAACUCGGCUUAAAAAGAAUUAACGAGUUUUUCAAGAUUCGUUCAUCUUUUAAUUAUCAACCCUACAUUAACACAAUGUUCAAUUCAUUUAUUUCAUUACGAAUUCCAAAAUUGAACAUUGAAAAUACACAAGCACCUUCUGCAUUAAUGGAAUUAUUCUUUACAUGGGCUUCAAACAGAGACUACCUACUAUUUUUAGUUGAUUACAAUAAAGAAGUGUUACCAAAAAUAUUCGCAUGUCUAUCUGCGAAAAAAGUUCGAAUGUCAGUUGUUUCGAUGGUUUUGAAUAUUAUUGAAAAUAUAUUGAAAAUAUGUGACAAUGAAAUGGAAAUUGAUGAUGACCUUAUCAAAACCGAAAACACAACUUUGAUCACUCAAGUGAUACAUCCUCACAUUUCUUCUUUGCUAGAUAACCUGGAAUAUGGAUUAUUACAAAAUAGUCAAAAUGGUACAUUCGCUAAAGAUACAUUUUCUAAACGAGAGAUUUCAAUACUUUCACAGAUUGCGGUAUAUGUUAAUAAUGGGGUACAAGCCAAAAAAUUGGUUGAUUUAUUACUUCCAUAUCUUCGGAAAUCCCCACGAUUUGUCCCUGAACAAACUAAAGCACAUAUAUUAAAAAUAAUUAAAAACUUUUUACGCAUCAUUCCAGGAUUUGAAUCAUCAAAUGAUCUAUUUAUAAUGUAUUAUAAUCUUAUAUCUAGAGAAUUUUCUACGAUUCGUUCUAGAGAAUGUCGUAUUCUUUUGGUUGAAGCACUCGAAGAAUUUUCUAAAUUGGAUAAUACAUUACAAGAAGUAGUUGAAGUUAUUAAAGAACUUAAUGCUUUCUCUACAGUUAGAUUAAAUGAACCGGAUUUUGAAAGACGAUUAGACGCUUUUAAUCGUAUUAACCAAGAAUCUUAUAAAAGGUUUUCAGCAAUGCAAUGGUUGCCAUUAAUAUAUAAUUGCAUUUAUUUUAUUCAAGAUCCCGAAGAACUUUCAAUUCGGAAUAAUUCAUCUUAUUGCAUUAUUCGUUUUAUUGAUCGCUUUGUGGAAAAUCAUAAUAAUGCGGAAUUAGAAGUUCAAAACAAAUUUCGUAAUAUUUUAAUUAAUAUAAUAUAUCCUGCAAUCAAAAAAGGCAUGAAAUUACCGAUAGAACUAGUUCGUAUGGAAUUUCUUUCAGUAUUAUGUUAUGCUGUUAAAAAAUGUUCCAUGUUGCCUCAGUUUGUAGAUAUGUCUUGUUUGUUGUUUGAUGAUGAAGAGGCAAACUUUUUCAAUAAUAUUUAUCAUAUUCAAAUACAUCGUCGUGUACGUGCACUUAAAAGGCUCUCCAAUGAAUGCGCUAUGGGAAAACUAAAAAAUGCCAAUCUUGUGCAAAUAUUUUUACCACUUUUAGGACACUUUAUUUUUGAAUCAGAUCGAAUUAAUGAUCAUAUAUUAAUUAAUGAAACUAUUUUAACGAUUGGCAUUAUUGCUAGUCAACUUCAAUGGGGUCAAUAUUAUGCUCUUUUAAAACAAUACAUGAAACACAUUUCUCGGAAGCUAACAUUAGAAAAAAUACUAGUUAGGACCAUCAUUAUCAUUCUGGAUAAUUUUCAUUUCGAUGUUUCUGAUAUCGUAGUUGGAGAUCUGCAAUCUCAGUCAUCAAAUAAAUUAUUAGAAAAAGAUGAUAAAAACGAAACAUUUUUGUCUCAACGUAUUCAUGAUACUAUAAUAUGUCAAGUACUUCCCGAGUUGAAAUUAUAUUUGGCCAAAUGUGAUGAUAAUAAUAUUGCAGUACGAGUACCAAUAGCAUUUGCGAUCACAAAAUUAUUAAAAGCUUUGCCUGAGGCGACACUUCGCCUCAAUUUACCAGGAUUACUUACUACAUUAUGUCAAAUAUUAAGAAGUCGUAGCCAAGAUACUCGUGAUGCAACAAGAGAUACCCUUGUUAAAAUUUCAAAUUUCCUUGGUCCUAUAUAUUUUUCAUUUAUUGUAAAAGAAUUACAAGGCGCACUUACGCGAGGCUAUCAACUGCAUAUCCUUGGAUAUACCUUACAUUCUCUUUUGCUUAAUUUAGUCUCAAUUUUAAAAGUUGGAGAUGUUGAUUAUUGUCUUCAAUUAAUUGUAGAUAUUAUUAUAAAUGAUAUAUUUGGCCAUGUUGCAGAAGAAAAAGAUGCGGAAGAAAUGACAGGUAAAUCAAAGGAAAUGAAAGCUAAGAAGGGUUUUGGAUCAUUUGAAAUACUUGCAAAAAUUAUUCAAUUCAAGAAUAUUGGUAUCUUAUUGGCGCCACUUAAAGAUAUUAUGAGAGAAACUCAAAGUUUAAAGAUUUUACGAAAAGUUGAAGAAUUAUUACAAAAAGUGGCAAUAGGGUUGAAUAAUAAUCCUGAAUUCGAGAUUAAAGAAAUUAUAAAAUUAUGUAAAGGGCUCGUAUCUCAGAAUCUUGAUAUAUCAAAAUCAGUACCAAAAGUCAAAGUCGUUAAGACAAAAUUAGAAAUGAACUUUACGGUGCAAUUAAAACGUAAUAUUACUGAACCUGUUGAUUAUUUUGACACAAAUGCACAUCUUUUUGUGCAAUUUGGAUUGUCAAUAUUUUUAUCUGCUCUUAAACACGAAAAGUUUGAUACAAAAUCCGAAGAACAACUGCUUAUGUUAGACCAAUUCGUUGAUAUAGUUGGAAAUGCCAUGUAUUCCAAGCACUUGAAUAUUAACAUUCUUGCUAUCAAAAUAAUGCACAUAUUAUGUGGUCUGAAACUUAAGUCCUUGAAUGAUGCUUUACCUGUUAUCGUGAAGCAAACUUUUGUGUUGAUAAAAACAUCGGACUCUACGAAUUCUGAGCUUGUACAAACUUGCUUUAAAUUGCUUACAGUUAUAAUACGUAUUUGUAAACAAGCUGAACUUAAAGAAAAUCAAUUAACCAUCCUAAUUAAUUUGAUUCGACCUGAUCUUGAAGAGCCUCAAAGGCAAAGUACAACUUUCUCUUUAAUUAAAGCUAUAAUUUCACGUAAAUUUGUAGUUCCGGAGAUUUAUGAUUUAAUGCAAACAAUUUCUGAAAUAAUGAUUACGAGUCAAACUUCUCAAACACGUGACCUUUCUAGGCAACUUUUAUUCCAAUUCUUAUUGGAUUAUCCACAAGGACGUGGACGUCUCAAGAAUCAAAUAAAUUUUCUAGUCAAAAAUUUAAAUUAUACCUUUGAAAGUGGUAGGAAAUCAGCAAUGGAAAUGAUGAGUUUAAUAAUUACUAAAUUCGGAGAUGAAAUUUUAAUGGAAUAUGCCGAAAUGUUUUUCCUGUCUUUAUCUAUUUCGUUAGUCAAUGACGAUUCUAACAAAUGUCGAGAAAUGGCAGGUGUUUUGAUUAAAAUGUUAUUGAGGCGAAUGGAUGAACAACGAUUAAAAAAUACCUAUAUCUUGUUAGGUAAAUGGUUUACUCAAACAGAGAAAAAAAGUUUACAACGAAUGGCAGUACAAAUUUAUGGGCUUGUAAUUGAAGCAUUUGACGACAAAUUUAAACGACACAUUCCAGAAUUGUUAGAUAUUCUAGGUAUUGCACUUCAAUCAAGUUCUCAAAUUAUGGAUCAGCUUGCGUGUUCGAAUGACGGGGAUGAUAAUGAUCAAGUAGAAGACAUGAUCAUUGAUGUUGAUUGGGAGAUUGGAUAUUACUCAUUAAAUACGUUCACUAAACUUGUUAAAUCUUUCCCUACUGUUAUUUAUUUUGAAGAAUGCAACAAAAUAUGGACACUGGUUGAAAGGCAUAUUCUCCAUUCACAUUCUUGGAUAAGACUCGCAUCAAGCAGACUUUUUGGACUGUAUUUUGCUAGUAUUAAUCCAGAGACUAUGAUUGCUACGGGGUCAAAUAAAGAAGAUGACUAUUUAACAAGGGACAUACUGAAAAAAUUAGCCACAUCAUUCUGUAUACAAUUGAAAAGCAAAUUUUUGGGACAAGAACUUGCAACACAAAUUGUGAAAAACCUGUUUUUCAUUGGAAAAUGCUUUUAUCAUGAAGAAGAUGAGGUAGACAAUUCACUUAUAAAAGAAAAGGAUGGAAAUAAUAAUGAAGAAUCUGUAUCUAAAGAUAUUGAUAAUGAAAAUUAUAACGAUGUAGAUGAUGUAGACAAAAAUAUACAUCAGAUUAUAAAUAACCAAACAACCGAUAAUGUUAAAGUAAAGCCAUCCUUACUUUGGUUAUUCAAAAAAUUAUCAUAUCAAGCAAGGUUUGCUUCUUGCAAUAACGAAGAGAUUGAUUAUCAGCGAACAAGUAUAUAUCAAUGGCUUGCCGCAAUGGUUACCUACAUGUCACCAAACGAUUUAGUACUUUCUUAUCUCUUAUUUAUAAUCUCACCUAUAUAUCGUUUGACAAACGAUGAAACAAUUAAAGGUCAAAAUAUAGAUAAUCUUAAACAACUUGGAAAAGAAGUUCUUGAUUUAUUACAGAAGCGUAUUGGCACAACUCAAUAUCAUAUUGCAUACAAUAAAAUAAGACAACAAAUAUUUGAUGUGAGAAGGGAAAGGAAACAUAAACGAGUUAUUGAGAAUACGGGAUAUUUGGUUUUAGCUACUGAGCUUGUCCUAGCUGCCACGUAG